AAUAAAAUAAAGGCGUCGACUUCCGUCAAAAUAGUAACAAAAUAAAUGGCGACAAGUGAUAAGAGAUUAGUAAAAUCAAAAAGUGGCAUGAGAAUGCUAUGUUUCGAUCCCAGAUUAGCUAGUCCAUUUACAGUCGAAGAGCCUCCUUGGUCUGAGGAAGCUGCCCAUUGUGAAAAUGUUGAAUGUAAAGCAAAGUUUGACAUCCUGAACAGAAAGCACCACUGUCGUCGCUGUGGAAAAUGCUUAUGCAACAACUGCUGCAACAGCCAGAUCAUUUUGCCCCGUAUGAGUUUCAUAGACCCUGUGAGACACUGCAAAUCUUGCUACACCAUUACCAAAAAAGAAAAUGAGUUUUUUGACAAGCAUUUAAAAACACUCAUUACAGGAGGACACUUCAGAAUGCAUGCAGAUGACAACACUGAGCUUCUCACAACAAAUGCAUUUACAUGUUCCUUGUCACCAGACCAUAGAUAUCUCCAAUUUGAAGGUGAUUUGGAAAAUUUGGACAAGAUCUAUAUCAACAAAAUAGAAUCUGUACAGAUUGCUUCAGCUACAAUAGACUCUCAAGGCAAUAGAGUUGCAUCUGGGAUUGCUAUCCGGUACAUUAAUGCAUCAGGUAACAGUGUACUCUUGAAAAUGGAAGUUGAAAGAGGCACAUUCUGUAAUCAAAGCAUGAGCUGGAUAACUGCUAUGCACAAGGCUUUCACUCUGAUCAGUGAUUCCAGUAAGACUGGUGCUACAUGAUAGGUAUGAACCCCUUAAUUCAGGUUUGCUUCAUAAUCAACAUACACUUGGGCCAGUUGGAGAUUGGGACUCCUUGUUACUUACUUUGGUUAUUUCACUAUUUGUUGAAAUGUUUUUUAUGUUUUAUUAGCAUGCCAAAGUUAAACACUAGUUUUUGAUUAAUUCAUUCAAAUUAUUCUGCACAAUAUAUUUUAAAAAAUCCAGUUAAAAUGCCAAUAUUACUAACCUUCAUUCAUAAUGUCAUGGCCACAAUUUCCCUUAUAGAUUAUAUGCUAAAACAUUUAAACUUGCCAUGUUGACAUGCUUUCAAGAUUAAACCUCAUCCUAUAGAACUCUUAUGGGCAUAGGUUGAAAACAGUCACUAUCCAGUGGUGAAUCAAUUUAGUAUAAUGAUAAAGAACACACUGUUCUUACAGUUUUCAACAGAUAAGUGAGCCACCUUUUCAUGGUCUGUUUUGGCCUGCUUGUUUUUCUCAAGUGUUCCAUUCAAGUGCCUGAAAUUCUUCUUUCAAUAAAAAAAAUUCUUGACCGCAAUCAUAGAAUUACAUACAGGUCUACAUGGACCUAAAGGCUGUCAACACAACAGUGUAUAUAUGUAUAUUUUUAUUAUCUUGUAACUAAUUGUCAUCAAAUUAUUCAUAAGUAUUUUUUGAGAACUGUAUGCUCAAAUCAUCACAGACUUUUGAAAUUGUCCUUGCUUAAUGUUGUUCUAUCCAUCAAAAAAAUGUCCUUACUUUAUGUAGCUGGCUCCCAGCUUGAUCUUCUCUGGUUGUUUGAGAAGAAACUUAAUAUGAUUUUUUUUCCCGUCGAGAACCUUUGCUCUGCAACCUGGUUCAAAAUUAUUGUUCUAGUUUCACAGAUGUAGAACUGUUUUGUUUACUUAAUAAUUUUUCCAUUACUAAUGUGAUUCAAAUAAAGCCAUAUUAUUUAUUGAAAAUUUAUGACUGUUCUGGAAUUAAAAUUACUUUAUAUGUAUCUUAUAAUAUUUUUGUUCCACUUAUUAUAUUAGAAAGGUUUAAUUGUACACUUUUUUUUUCAUGCGAAAGAUCUAUAACUAUUCAAUUUUUUUAUAAUAAUAUUUUGGCAUCUAUUUUUUUUUAUUGUUUAUAUUUUUUAGGACAUCCCAGCCAUUUUUCUUCCCUGUAAGCCUUUUUUUCAUUUUGUUUUCUUACCAUUUACUUUUAACAAUGAGUAAUACUUUUUUUUUUCAUAUUAAUAUUUAUUAUCUUUUACAUCAAAGUAAAAUGUUUUUUUUAAGUCAUUUCUUUAUAAUAAAUUACUAUUUCUAUUUUUUUUUCUAAGAAAACUUUUAUCAAUGUUUAGGUAAUAUCUGGAUUUAUUAUCUUUUGUACUACAACUACUAAUACCUAAUGAUUUAUGAAAGAGUAUUGGAGCAAGAGAUUUUUUCCAGUCUUUUCUUUGAGCAAUUUGAAUUCUUAUUUAUUUACCAACGAUACAAUUUUCAUCAAGUAUGUCUGUCAAUAGUUAUGCCAAGUUAAAUAACAUAUGUUUGGUAUUUGGGAUCUAGUAGAUUAUUUCUUAUAAAUAUCCAAAAUUAAAUAUUUCAAGAAAUUUGAAUAUGACUGGAUAAACAUAAAAACUUACUAAUUCUGAUAGAAUGGAUAAAAGUAUAGGCUGUUAUCUAGCAAAACAGUUGCAUUGUUUAAUUACAAUUUUGCUUCUCACUGAUGGAUUAAAAUAAAACAUUUUUAUUUCUCAUUCUACUUUUAUGCUAAUUCCAUUUUUAUCACAAACUUUAACUAGAUAUGUGGGAACUCACUCAAGUCUGCUUCUUGAAAUGUAAAUAUUUCAAUAUUAUGGGGGAAAAAAUUGCUCCAUGCCCAAUCAAAUUUUUGUUGUUGAAUGUUUCUAAAGUUUCACAUAAUAAUAAUCUUUAUUAUUCAUAUGGAAAUAGCUCUUCAAAACAAUGCCAACAUUUUACAGUUCACUUAAAUAUUAUUUUAUUAUUAUUUUGUAAUUUGUUAAACAGGUAGUUAAGAGAAAUACAUGUGAAGUAAAUUGUUGAAAGCUUAUACAACACAGACUCAAAAUACUUACGCCCAAAGUAUGACUUGCAACAAUGUUAUUCAUAAAUUAUUGGCAUCUGGUAUAAAAUAUAAAUUCAUUUUGAUAUGGGUUUUUUUUCCCCCAGUAUGUCUUUGAUUGAUUGUGUGUGCGCUUAUGAAACAAGUUUCUAUGAAUAUGACACACAAGUUUUUAGCAGACAUUUCUUUUCAACUUUUGAAAUACAUUUUCCUAGCCUGCGAGAAGAAAAACGAUGUGCAUGUACAACACAUGUACAUUUUUCGAUCUUAAAUGUUGUCAAUAUUCAUUUGAAAAAAUACACAUACCGAUAAUUAUAAAUAUAUAUUGUACAAUUGUUUUUGAAGCACGUGUUAUAAUUGCUUUUGCUGACAAAUUGGAGAGAGUGCAUUUUGGAGAAAGUUUCCAUCUUAUUCAAAAGGCACUCAGCCAAAAACACUCAGUUGGCAUCUAAUCUCAAGUCUUCUUGGGGAUUUGAACUUAAGCCCCCUCAGGUAGCAUUUCAGUUUAUGCCACUCAGCCAUAUUCUAGUCACAUAGUUGUUUUUCUUUAGUGAUAGAAAUUAUAUGUCAUAAGCUGUUUGUUUGAUUUUUUUUUAAUCUUUAAAAACUCUAGUAGAAAAAGAAUCACAUUAAUAAUGUAUUCUAAUUAUGAAAAAAAAAGAUUUAAAAAUUAUUUUUUUUUUUUGCUUCGCAUCUGACUCCAAACAUUUGUAUUCAAUUUACUGGGUAUUUAAGAUAUUUGGUCUCAAUGUUACAGCUAAUAUCCUUCUUACUUGUUAAACUGUGAUUUAUAAUUAUCAUUAUUUCUGUAUAUAUACAUAUAUAUAUAUAUUAUUACUGGUAUAUGUUGUCAUGCAAUCAUUUGUUAUAACAUUACUGAAUCAAACGAAGAAAAAAAAACUUUUCAAAUUAAAAUUGUGGUUGUUUUUUGUUUUUUUGUGGGUUUUUUUUUACUGACGAGAAUUAAUUCCACUAUUUUCUUUAAUUUACUAUAAAACUAACUUUGACCAAGUUAUAUCAUGUAUAUUAUGAAUAAUUUGUUAUAUGAGAACCAUUAACUUUGUUAUUGUGUUAAGGUAUCUAAAAACUAAAGUAGUGUUUCUAUAUCAGUAGUGUAAAAUAUUAUCUUUUCUGACUUCUAUCAUUUACACAAACUCCAUUACCCUAGUGAAAUAUUAUAAGAUACAUAUAAAUUAAUAUGAUUAGAUUGAACAUGAGGAUUAUUAAGUUGAUGGAAAUUGAGGAAAUAUUAAUAGACCAUGUGUCCAGUUUAAACUAAGAAUGUCAUUAAAACAAAUGAUAGUUCUAUCUCCACAACAUUUAGAAAUCAGAAUCUGAAAGAUGUAUCACUCAGUCACCAUUGUUUGUUUUAGAGAAAUGUGAAUUAAUGCCAUAACUUGUUUGUUUUAGAGAUAUGUGGCUGAAUGCCACAACUUUUUUGUUUAAGAGAUAUUUGGAUUAAUUAAAAAUUCAACAACUUGUUUACUUGUUUUACAAAUUUCACAUGUUCCUUCAGAAAUGAAGAUUAUUAUUAAGUUCUAGCCCAAACCUCCUGAAGGAUGAUGUUCAGGGUUUGAACUCGGGACCAUCAGGUGACAUUCCGAAGCACAUGUCACUGACCAGCACUCCAUGAAUGUAUUUGGCCAUUAGUAAAUUCUUUGUUGAAAAUUGCUCUUAUUUUUUACAUUUCCGGAGGUGAUAUUUCAAUAAAUAUCAAAGCAUCUAAGGAUGCAUGUAAUAAUAAAAUAGUAUAUAUAAAAUAUAUAUAUAUAUGUAUUCAGUAUUGAUUACAUAUUUGUGUACUAAUACCAUCACAUAAUCUUUUUUAUUUCAUUAAAUCAAAACAUUUUGUAAGCCUUUAUAAAACAGACAUAGGAAAUGUCAAAAUAGUUUGUUUCGUAUAAAGCUUUAAAAAAUACAAUCUUUUUUUAUGUGUGUUCAGAUUUGUGUUAGGUGUAUAACAUUAAUAAUAUAGUAAUGAUAAGCCAAUGUUUAAAAUUUGUCAAUUAGUUUUUAUCAAAGUGCCUUAAAUAACUAUUCGAAUAGUGUUUGAUAGUUGUUGUUUUUUUGUUUUGUUUUUUUGCAUGCUAGUGAUGAGAUAAAAAAAUAAAUCACUACUUUUUAUUUUUUUA